AUGGCUCAGCAGGCAGGGGACCUAGACAAGGUAGAACAGCUAACAGCUGCAAGAGGGCUGCAGACAGCAGUCCUAAACACAGCAGAGCAGCUGCAGGAGGUCUGCAAAGCCCUGCAGACAGGAGACCUGGACACGACAGAACAGCUGCAGGAGGGCUGCAGGGCCCUGCAGACAGGGGACCUGGACGUGGUAGAACAGAACUUUGCAGCUGCGCUCAAGUCUGUUCAUGGGAAAGAGUUAGGCAAGGAGGCGGAGCCACUACUCAAGUUAAGUGAUGUCUACCUGAAGAGAGGAAUGCUGUCAAAAGAUGGUGAUGACUUCACCAAGGCAGCAGCGCUCUGUAACGCAGCACUGGCGGACGCAGCGACGCAGACAUCACCCCGUCACGACGGAGCCCGGACGCCGCCAACUGGAGACGUACCAGACACUUGGCCCGCGACCAACCCAGCACCGACCGUUAAACGACCCCCGACAUCGGAGGUUAUCAACGACGGAGUUGAAGCCAGGUUCUCUAUUGGCGAUGACGUCUUUGUUACAGUCGGCUGUUUCAAGGGGAUGCCGCUAGUGAAUGUGCGGAGGUUCUAUCGACCUUGUCCCGGGAAAGACGUGUGGAAGCCCGGUAAACAAGGGCUGGCUCUAGCCCCAGAGCAAUGGCUCGCUCUCAAACGCAACAUGAGCAGCGUGUCGUCAGUUCUCCUGGCUUGCGGAUUUUCAGCCAAGCACACAUCAUACAACGGGAACGGGAGCACUUUCCCACCCAGCCGAUUCGACCUGGGAAACCAACGAUAUGCCGUCGUGGAGCUGUUCAGAGGGGAAGCGGUCGUGAGUCUACGAGAGUUUUUCAGACCGAAAGCGGAUCAAGACAAACUCCUCCCGAGCAAGAAAGGGCUCAACCUAUCAACGCAGCAGUGGGAUGCCCUGGAGGAACAGGCAGACAAGAUCGAUGCCGUCCUGAAAACCGUCCUCGAGCAGAAAUCGCUGACCAGCAAAGUCCUGAAAAAAUCGCGAACCAGUGAUUUGUCAUGA